CACUAGAGGGCAGCACUGCACUGCAGUUUGCACGCAAAGAUGGCGGAAUCCGCAGAACUUUUCUCCCAACUCGUGAUUGUCUUGCUGUUCGUCUCGUUCUUGCAGUUCGUGGCCGGCCUAGUUUUGGCGCAGAUUUUCGGCAGAAGAGUUUCCAGGGUGGACAAAUGGGUACUGGUGUGGCUGUUCUAUGACGCUAUCGUCCAUUUUACCUUCGAGGGACCAUUUGUAUACUUCUCCCUUGUUGGAACAGUGGCGAAAUCAGACAGCCUGCUGACGGAAGUGUGGAAGGAGUAUGGCAAGGCUGACUCCCGCUGGCUGCACUCUGACCCCACCAUCGUGUCUCUGGAGAUCCUGACAGUCGUGUUAGACGGACUCCUGUGUCUGGUGGCCGUCUACGCCAUCUGUAAGGACAAACAUUACAGGCACAUUGUGCAGAUUACUCUGUGUGUCUGUGAGCUCUAUGGAGGUUGGAUGACAUUCUGCCCCGAGUGGCUGACAGGCAGCCCCAGUCUGGACACCAGUAACGCCCUGUACCUGUGGAUCUAUCUGAUCUUCUUCAACGGCCUGUGGGUGGUGGUGCCUGGGCUACUGAUGCUGCAGUCAUGGGGGGAACUCAGGGACCUUCACAGGGGAACCAGAAAAACAAAACAGAAAUAGUCAGAAGUCAUCAAGAUAUGGGAGAGGUUAAUUAUAUGUAGGCUUGGGCAAAUUGGCCAAGAACAUUACAGUUCUCUCUAAGGAGGUAAAAAUCUCCUUGGUCUCUUUUAAUACCCCUCUUGAUUCAGUUUGUUGGGUAGUCAAAGUUCAAUAACAGUAGCUUUUGAUUUGAGAACUCGGGUACUUAC